UACGCGUACAUUAUAAAUAUAAGCACAUAAUAAAGUGGUAGAUGUUUAUAGAGAGACGUAUAUUAUAGCUAGAGAAGAAACAGAAAACAAAGAUGGGGUUGGACUGGGGACCGGUGCUAAUGUCGGUAAUUUUCUUCAUCGUGUUGAGCCCUGGAGUUUUGUUUCAGCUGCCCGGAAAGAGCAAAGCGGUUGAGUUCGGUGGGUUUCAGACAAGCGGCCCCUCCAUUGUCAUCCACACUCUCCUCUUCUUCGCCUUCAUCACCAUCUCCCUCAUCGCCCUUCACAUCCACAUCUACGCCGCCUAAUUAACCCUACCUUCCCCUUCACGUCAUGGCUCCUUUUCUUCAUUUCUUGAUUUCUGAUUUUCUUGUGGAAUACUGUUAGUUCCUUCUUUUAUGGUUGGUUCAUUUAUCAAGAAUAAUCAUUUUUAUGAACCAUGUAUAUUGUCAUAAUUAAGUUCCCACUUUUUAUUUUGGUUUUGAGAUUUCAAAGAGUAAGAGUAACUUAUCUCGCCUACUUAUUACAGACCCCAAAUAAAAGCUUUA